ACAGAAGGUCGCUAUGGACUCGAUCCAUGUUGAGACGUAUAGCUUGUAUGGGUUUCCAUACGCUUUUCAGGUUUGGGCAUACGAGACAAUAUCAACCUUGUCGACUCGAGUAGCAUUGAGGCUGAAUGACGAUGCUAUUCCUCGUCUACUUAGAUGGUCCUGCACCUAUUCGCGUGCUUUUAAUGUUUUGGAGCGAGAGGUCUUCGAGAACGUCAAGUCGAAGGUUGUAGUUCGUUUGGAGGCGACUGAUGUCGAACGACAGCACAUGGCUCGUGUUAUGCAUCCACCAGUGACCCCUGUCGGACCUCCUGCACCCACAAAACUUGCUACAGAACCACUGUCUACUACUUCCACCACUCAGAAGUCUCUCGUUACUGGUGAGGUUGGGGAUCCAGUUGAGCUCGAUGAUGUAGCAAAGGAUGCUUCCCCAGACAAGAUCAAUUGUUGCCACAGAAAGGGACGAAGAAGAAGAAGAAGAAGUCAAAGCAUAAGUGGAGUCGGGAGCUGCGGAGGCUCGGCGACAGAGUGA